UAAACUUUUUUUAAAUACCUUGUAGACAUUUUAUAAACAUCUGUCUUGAUUAAAGUUUAUUGGCUAAUAUUGUUAUCGAGAGAAAAUAUAUAUAUAAGUUUCAUAGAAUAAGCAUGACGUGCACAAGAAACAACAAUAAACCUUAUAUCCUUUUAAUCGUACAAAAUUUCAAACGUGCAAUAAUAGAUUUUGAGGAUUCCGUGAAAACUAGCAGAUUGGUAAAGUAAUGUGCAGCAGUAUACAUAUAGUGCGUGCAACUGUAUAGUAUAGCAUAUCGUAUGCGUAUCAGACCAGGUCCAGACGUCGUCGUGUGCCAAGGAUGCCAAUAUACAAGUAGUGAAAAGACGUAUUAAUUUUUGUACGUUUGGCAGGCGUGAUUCCACGAAAUCUGAAUUAAGAUGUGAAUCAGCAGCCAUAGAUAUUUAAUUUUAUUUUAAAAUGAAAAAAAUGUUUGACUCUGCUUUAAAUAAUAAUUCGACAAUCAAAUGAAAGAUAAAAACUGUAAAUAUAUUAUUCAGGAUCAGAUUAUAAUAUAGUUGACGGGACUAUAACUGAUAUACAUAUAAUUACAACUAUUGCUUACAAUAAGUUCCGUAGUAUAUAUAUAUUUAAAGUAAAAGUUCGAAUGCUCCGAAUAAUCUGUAUGGGGCAAGUAGAUUGUGUCGGCUUGUGGGCGGACGAUGGGGGUAAAGAGAAGUGGCGAAAAGAGAAGGCAUCAUCUCAAAGCGUGCGAGUCGGCGACGGACUGCAAAGAGGUCGUGCUGCACUCCCGAGUCCCAUCGACCAAUCUGGAUUCCACGUUUCCUUUUUGACAAGCUAAGAUAUUUUUUAUCGCUGCUUUCGUUUGUCAAAUGUUGUUGCCGAGAUUUCUUAAUUUCUCUAAUUAAAACAGGUUUCGAAUAAUCUGUUGAAGCAAAAUGCCUCCAAAACGUUCAACAGAAGAAACGGAUCGCUUGACUCGAAUAGCCAUUGUUAAUACAGAUAAGUGUAAACCUAAAAGAUGCCGUCAAGAGUGCAAAAGAUCGUGCCCUGUUGUGCGAAUGGGAAAGCUGUGCAUAGAAGUAACUCCCAAUAGUAAAAUAGCCUCCAUUUCUGAAGAAUUAUGUAUUGGUUGCGGUAUUUGUGUAAAGAAAUGUCCAUUUGAGGCUAUUUCUAUCAUCAAUCUUCCAAGUAAUUUGGAAAAGGAAACAACGCAUCGUUACUCAAAGAACUCGUUCAAGUUGCAUAGACUUCCAAUACCUCGUCCAGGAGAAGUUCUUGGUCUUGUAGGAACAAAUGGAAUUGGAAAAUCAACUGCUUUGAAAAUUUUAGCUGGAAAGCAGAAACCAAACUUGGGUCGUUUUACUGAUCCACCAGACUGGACAGAAAUUUUGAGUCACUUUAGGGGUAGCGAAUUACAAAACUAUUUUACUAAAAUUCUUGAAGAUGACCUGAAAGCACUCAUUAAGCCACAAUACGUUGAUCAGAUCCCAAAAGCAGUCAAGGGAACUGUUCAACAGUUAUUGGAUAAAAAAGAUGAAUGUAACAAUCAAGUUAGAAUUUGCGAAUUACUUGAUUUAAUGCACAUACGAGAUAGAGGUAUUGAGGCACUCUCAGGAGGAGAGCUCCAACGUUUUGCUUGUGCCAUGGUGUGCAUUCAAGAUGGAGAUAUUUUCAUGUUUGAUGAACCAUCUUCUUAUCUGGACGUUAAACAACGUCUUAAUGCUGCUGUUACUAUUAGAUCUCUUAUUCAUCCAGACAAAUUCAUCAUUGUAGUAGAGCACGAUCUAUCGGUACUGGAUUACCUUUCAGAUUUUAUUUGUUGUUUAUACGGAGUGCCUGGUGCUUAUGGAGUUGUUACUAUGCCCUUCUCUGUAAGAGAAGGCAUAAACAUAUUCCUUGACGGUUUUGUUCCAACAGAAAAUUUGCGCUUCCGUGAAGAAUCUUUAGUAUUUAAAGUAGCUGAAAGUGCUACGGAAGAAGAAGUUAAAAGAAUGAGCCAUUAUGAAUAUCCAGCUAUGGUUAAAACUAUGGGUUCGUUCCAGUUGGUGGUUGAAAAAGGACAGUUUACAGAUUCAGAAAUUCUUGUACUCUUGGGAGAAAAUGGUACAGGAAAGACAACUUUCAUUAGAAUGCUGGCUGGUAAUUUACCUCCGGAUGACGGAUCAGGUAACAUACCGCAGUUGCAUAUCAGUUAUAAACCCCAAAAGAUUAGUCCCAAGUCUCAGGGCAUCGUUAGACAAUUGUUGCAUGAAAAAAUUCGCGAUGCUUACGUUCAUCCACAGUUCAUUACUGAUGUAAUGAAACCAUUGAAAAUCGACGAUAUCAUUGAUCAAGAGGUACAAAAUUUAUCGGGUGGUGAAUUGCAACGUGUUGCACUUGCUCUUUGUUUGGGUAAACCGGCAGACGUUUAUCUAGUUGAUGAACCAUCUGCCUACCUGGAUUCCGAGCAACGUCUAGUUGCUGCCAAAGUUAUAAAGAGAUUUAUAUUGCAUGCAAAGAAAACUGGUUUUGUAGUAGAGCACGAUUUUAUUAUGGCAACAUAUUUGGCUGAUCGAGUCAUAGUGUUCUCUGGUACACCGUCCUUAAGAACGGCUGCACACAGUCCACAGUCUCUGUUGAAUGGAAUGAACAGAUUUUUAGAACUGUUGGGCAUCACUUUCAGACGAGAUCCCAACAACUUUAGACCGAGAAUAAACAAAAAUCAGUCUGUUAAGGACUUGGAGCAGAAACGGGCUGGACAGUAUUUCUUCUUGGAAGAAUAAAAGAAGCUUGAAAAAUAUCUUACAAGAAAUUCAACGAGGUAUCUUUGACUUUAUUGUAAGGAAAUCUCGUCACUUUUUACACUUCUUCAUACAAGUAAUAAAACUAGGUUGGAUUUCACUAUAAUGAAGUUUAUAAAGGGAAACCAUUGAUCAAAUGAAAUUAAUUACGAUUUACAAUAAAACGACCAGAUUGUAAAAAUAACUGAAAAAAAAUAAUUUCAGACAAUUUCCCUAAACGUGAUCCAACGGGAAAAAUAAAGUAAAAAAUUUUUAAUAAAA